GAGGCGAUACAUGUUUGGUUGAGUUUUGAAUGAGGGGCCAUCAUCCCGGCAGGCUCAGAGGUGGAAAAUACAGUUUAAAGUCUCUCUGGAUGCAUUUAAGAUGAACAAGCGUCCGACAGGUGACCCGAACGACUGUUCGUCGCCCUUUCAUCUUCUCGUCGGGUUUCUUUGGAUGUACUCUUCUCACUCCCAACGUUUUGUGCUUUUGAAAUGACGUUUCCCCAGACUCCUCAAGACCAAUGUCUUAGUUCUGCUUGGAUAUAAAUAACAAAGUACAUAUAUAUAGUUAAAAAAAGAAAAUCUCCAGCAGGAAUUCAGACAACAACCAGACAAUCACCCUACUUCCCCUCUCCUUAUUUCUCUUUACAUGAGAAAGAGGGACAUCAAAACUCGCUUAACACACACAUACAUAAACACACAAGCCACCAUGUCCUCCAUCCUUCCCUUCACUCCCCCGGUAGUGAAGCGCCUGCUGGGAUGGAAGAAGACUUCAACGGGGAGCGGAGGCGCUGGGGGAGGCAUUGGAGGAGUAGGGGAGCAGAACGGAGGAGGACAAGAGGAUAAGUGGUGCGAAAAAGCUGUGAAGAGCCUGGUGAAGAAGCUAAAGAAGACCGGGCAGCUGGAUGAGCUCGAGAAAGCCAUCAGCACGCAGAACAGCAACACAAAGUGUGUCACCAUACCCAGUAAUUGCUCAGAUCUAUGGGGUCUAGGCUCAGGCCACAAGAUAGAGCAGUGGGACUCUACAGGCAUGUACGGAUACCAUGACCACAGCAGAUCACUGGACGGGCGGCUCCAGGUGUCCCAUCGCAAGGGCCUGCCCCACGUCAUCUACUGCCGCUUGUGGAGAUGGCCCGACCUCCACAGCCACCAUGAGCUGAGGGCCAUUGACUCCUGCCAGUUCGCCUUCAACCUCAAAAAGGAUGAAGUGUGUGUCAAUCCCUACCAUUACCAGAGAGUGGAGACACCUGUGCUGCCUCCGGUGUUGGUGCCACGCCACACAGAGAUUCUCACAGAGCUUCCUCCUCUCGACGACUUUACAAACUCCAUCCCCGAAAACACCAACUUCCCUGUUGGCAUAGACCCUCCUAAUAACUAUAUACCAGAGACUCCUCCACCUGGCUACAUCAGUGAAGAUGGAGAAAACAGCGACCAACUGAUGAAUCAAAGUAUGGAAUCAGGCUCACCUGCAGAAAUGUCACCCGGCGCCUUGUCACCUGUCAAUCAUGCCCUGGACCUUCAGCCGGUUACCUACAGCGAACCCGCUUUCUGGUGCUCGAUAGCCUACUAUGAGCUGAACCAGCGCGUCGGAGAGACGUUCCACGCGUCACAGCCCUCGCUGACAGUCGAUGGCUUCACCGACCCCUCCAACUCUGAACGCUUCUGUCUCGGGCUUCUCAGCAAUGUGAACAGGAACGCAACAGUCGAAAUGACAAGGAGACAUAUAGGUCGCGGUGUGCGGUUGUACUACAUCGGAGGGGAGGUGUUUGCCGAGUGCCUCAGCGACAGUGCCAUUUUUGUCCAGAGUCCCAACUGCAACCAGCGAUAUGGUUGGCACCCUGCCACAGUCUGCAAGAUACCACCAGGCUGUAAUCUGAAGAUUUUUAACAACCAGGAGUUUGCUGCACUGCUGGCCCAGUCAGUCAAUCAGGGAUUUGAGGCAGUCUACCAACUAACCAGGAUGUGCACCAUCAGAAUGAGCUUCGUCAAGGGCUGGGGAGCAGAGUACAGACGUCAGACAGUAACCAGCACUCCCUGUUGGAUUGAGCUGCACCUCAACGGCCCCCUCCAGUGGUUGGAUAAGGUGCUGACCCAGAUGGGUUCCCCGUCGGUGCGGUGCUCCAGUAUGUCCUAAACGGGGUUCUGCUGCGCAAAGUCACUCUGACAUUUCACAACAUUUGACCAGUAAGUCCUGAGGAAGACCACCGUGCAGUCUUAAUCUGACACACCAACAACAACAUUAUCAUGAAGAGUUUAAAAAAAGGAUUACACAAUGGACCUGGAGGAUGACAUCGCCGAUGGACAAUAGUGGAACGUUAACAACGAUGUCACAGUGGGCCCGAUUUUGGCUCCGUUGGAUUAAAGUUAGGAUUACAUUCCAGUAAUCAUGGACCUGAUAAUUGAAACCACCCUGCAAUAUCAAACUGACGAGAGUGAUGUCAUUAUGGACCAGACUGCAUUCAUGUUUAUUUGACUGAGGUUCUUAUCCAGAAGCGCAAAGCGGCACGGAGCUUAACUGUCCUGCUUCGGGGAUUGAGCUCUCCAACCACUUUCCUUAGUUUUAGUGACCAAACUUCCAUUCUAUUUCUAGCUGAGAUUCCCACUUUUCCUGCAUUUCUCCUGAUCGUCCCUGUGAUGUCGUGAUCACACACCCGACUACGCCGGACCGACGGUCUUCGCUCAGAAAGACCACCGGGAGGGCGCGUCGUCUCUUAAUUCAUAUUACAUACCCUGUCCUCACAUGUACGUACACAUCCACCAACACACAGGCGAACCGUUGCAGUUCUUGCGCCACUUAACUUUGCUACUUGUGACAUAACGACAAGUCAUUUGCUCUGCAUGCGCGUUAAGUCGGUCGGUGCCGCUCGACCGUGAGUAUGCAGCGGGGGUUUGAUGUUUGAGCGAAGAAUCGGAGCUGAAAAAAAGCUGCUAGCCGGCACCGAUAACUGGAAUGAGUCAUUUUCACAGCGAGAGCAUAGGACGCGUCCCUCCUCUGGAACGUCAUACAAUCAUUCAACCUGUUUUCCGGCUGUAAUAAAGACGCACAGAGUUAGCCACAGUUAACCCAACAAUUUGCUCCGACUCGCACGCUCAUACUCUCUUUCUCUCUUACAUUCUCUUCAUUAACUUUUUACUAUUAUAUUGGCCUAUUUAUGAAGGAAAAGUUGUAUGUUGGACUUGGAGACGUCGGUUGAAGACACGCACCCUAUAAAUGCAGUUCAAGAAUCUCAAUGUCGCCCCCUGCUGUCCAAAAGAGAAAACUAUAUAAACGCCCAUCACUUAGAGGACGUAGAGUCCCUCUUGAUUACAUGCUUGAAAUGACGCACGGUUUCCCCAUUAUUUACAUUCUAUUGAUCGGAAGACGAGUCCUGCAGGGACUUAAAAAUGUCUUCUGCACUGUACUUGCACUGCCCCCAAAUGAUGCACACUUGAUAUUGCUGUAAAAGAGCAAGAUAUGCUUUAAAAUGUACAGUUGGCAAUGUUAAAAAGCCCAAUUUUAAAUCGAGACAAUUCCAAAAGAUAUCUUCCAUAUUUUUCAAAGAAUGUUCACUAUAAAGAGUUUUUCUUCCAUAUAUUGCCUGAACUGGCUUAUUAAAGAGUGUUCAUUUGAUUCGUAAUAAAAUGUCUUGCCCCCAAUCUAAAAGCCAGCUGGUACCCACGUCGGUAUUUAAGAGUCCAAAUUGUUAGUAUUCAAGCUUUAAGUAUUUGAGGAGCUAGUUAUACUACAUGGCUAUUAUUUUCUUUACACAGUGUUUAAGCUACAUUUUUGGAUGUUCCCGUAUUUUUUAUAUAUGGAUAUAUUUAAGAUCUUCAAACCUUUUCUUCCCUUUUAUUAGAAUUCAGUAUUUUUUUAGAAUAUGCCCUCCGUUCGAAAAUGACCACAGCUUGACGAUGAGUUAUGAAGUAUAUACAAGAGGAUUGAACACUUUAGUGAUCAUAAACACCAUACUCUUUCCAUCGAAACCUGAUUUCUGGCUGCUAAAACGAUGAACGUGGCCGGAGGACUUUUUUAAAUCCAUCAGCUGUUACAGCCGGUGUGAAAGUUUCUCUCCUUCCUCGUUCUCGUUCUCCAGCUCGAUGGGUGUGACCCAAACUAAGAUAGUGCUGUCCCAAAGACCGAGCGCACGUAUUUACAAUAUGUCCUUUACACUGCAGAUCCGCUGCGUCAUAAACUUACCUGAAGUUUAAACUUUCCAAUUUCCUUUUGGGGGUUUUGGUGACUUCCAACUUGUUAGGUUACAAAUCAAGAAAAAAACAAACACGCAUGCAAACUAAACUAUAAUUCAGACUUCUUUUCGAGAUAUUUGGAUGUAAUCCAGCAGCUGGGCUGCAGUAAUAUUUCCCAUGAGCAGUUGGUAUUCAUUUUUAAAAGCUGACUUUUGGAAGGUGUAUUUGUGGAAGUCUUUCUUGCUUUAGCGAUGUAGGACGUUCCAACAUGCAGUGUGAAAGCUGCGGCCAAUCCAAACUCGGCACAUGUUUUUACUUCUCAUGACUCCUUAUGCAUGUAUGGUUGCACACGCUUCAAUUCCUGCGAGCGCGUUCAUAUAUGCACACCUGAUAUUACGGCGUUCCAAUGCGAGGCCUGGUUCCUCUUCAGCGUGUUCCUCUCGUGUGUCCCAGCGCAUGAGCAGAACGUCGACAGUGAAUAUGUGGACCGUCUCGGCUCAUACGUCACAUUCCAGCUUUCUUUUCCUUUUCGGUGGUCUUAACUCGGUGCUCAGUAGUGCCAGCGUGCACACAAACCCGUUGACGUUUCCUGUUCGAUCUCUACUGCAACAUGUGGGGGAAAUGUUGACUUUAUUUUUGUACAUUUCUUUUUAAUUUUUUUUUUUUUAGAACUAGUUGUGGAAAUCCAAAUAAGGGUUUUUAACACGGGUUUUUAGUUUAUCAUACAACGGCUGAGAUAAAAAGUCCUGGUGUUUAAUCGUACAUAUUGUGACCAUUAUAAGAUUAAAUUGUAGAAAUCGUGCGCGGCGAAUCCUGAAGAAUACUUUUGCUUUUUAAGGAAAACCUUUUUCUCCGUUCAUCGAGCAUUUUCCUGGGUCACAUUUCUACCACCAGUUGGAGACCAGUUUGUCUGUUCGUAUGUCCACCUGUCCGUCCUGUCGGUUUUGCUGGUCUUGUUUUUUGUUUUUUUUUUGGGGGGGGGGGGGGGGGGGGGGGGGGGUCUUUCAUUUAUUAGGGGAAAAAGUUGACUCGACUCUGCCGAGGAAAUAUAUAUAUAUAGUGUUACCUUUUUUCUUUUCUUGUUUUACGGUGGUUGUAUCACUGUUUUAAAAAAACAAACAACAACACAUAUUUGUGUCUAUGCAGUGGCGUCAAAUAGUUUGGACGAUGUAUUCAAACACAUUUCCUGAUGGUUCGGUAUGCUGUUUUAUGCAUAUUACCAGGGUCCAACAAAAGCCUUUUGUAUCAACUUUUUUUCCCUUCUUUUUAAACGAGUGCCACCCAAACAUCGUACAUCAACCAGCUGUCUCCGAAUUCAGUUUUUGGAGAUGGAAGAUGAGCCCACAUUUAGGUUUCAUGUCGACCACAGCUGCACAUUUCUAAAGGGUCAACGUCCCUAUUUUACAGAUUACAUAUUUUGGUUUUUAUUUUUUCUUAUUGUGAUGACAAUUGUGUAUCCCCAAACACGCCUCUUCUUGAGAAGGGUUGCUGGUUGGAGAAAGUGAAGUUUCUACAUGUCACUGGUGAUGUUAUUGUAUAGUUGUACUUUAAUUUGACCGUACAUGCCGCUAUCAGCGGAGCAUAUUCCAUUAGACGACGAGCUGUUAGGAUUUCUGUCUUCUUCAAACAUUGAUGACGAUCUUCAUAUCGGCUUUCCAUCUAGUCUACAUAUUCAAUCAACUUCUUACAGUGUACACUAAUAAAGCUGUUUUAAUUCAACUGGAAA